UCUACAGCCUGCACGAGGCGGGAGAGUUUCCCUUUUGAUCCUCCAUUCUUCUUCUUCUUGGGAUCUGGGAGCUUCUUACCUGAGAACACAGCCCGAGAACAGAGACCGACUGUCCCGAAGAGAGGGCAUUUGACAUAAAACAGAAGAACAUUUGGAUGGAUUUAAACAAAUAAACCGGACUGUUUGUUCUUCAGGACUGUCAGGCGGAUGGCUCGCCCGCGUCAGAUUUAUGUAGCUCUGGUUUUGGAGCGUGCGCUCCUCAGCGCGCUGUUUGCCUCCACUUUACGCACAGUUUGACUGCGGCUCGAGCUCAUGGCGCUUGUGGCCAGUAAAGACGUGGUUUUGAUGGAAAUUGAAUUCCGUGUUGUUUCAAAACAUCAGGGGGAGUAGUGAAGCUUGACCCAUUGUGUUUGCAAAUGGCUGACCGCCUGAGGUAAACACCACAGUGGACCUGGACAGGAUCACAAACGGACCUUUGUUGAAGGAAACCUCUGAGCACACUCCCCGUUUCACUUCGAGCUGACAGAAAAAAUACCGCGGGACAUAAACAAAGACUUUACAUUUGAAGAUGUAUCCACAAGGCCGACAUCCGGCUCCACAUCAGCCCGGCCAGCCCGGGUUCAAAUUUACUGUAGCAGAAUCCUGUGACAGGAUUAAGGAUGAGUUCCAGUUCUUACAGGCCCAGUACCACAGUCUGAAGGUGGAGUACGACAAACUGGCCAGUGAGAAGACAGAGAUGCAGCGCCACUAUGUCAUGUACUAUGAGAUGUCCUACGGGCUGAACAUCGAGAUGCACAAACAGACGGAGAUUGCCAAACGACUCAAUGCGAUCUUAGCACAAAUUAUGCCUUUCCUGUCACAAGAGCACCAGCAGCAGGUGGCUCAGGCCGUGGAGCGGGCAAAGCAGGUGACUAUGACCGAGCUGAAUGCCAUCAUCGGGGUACGUGGACUUCCCAAUCUGCCCCUCACCCAGCAGCACCUGUCCCAUGCCGCUCAUGGACCUCCAGUCCCACUACCCGGACACCCGUCAGGCCUGCAGCCCCCGGGACUGCCCCCUGGUCUGCCCCCAGGUCUGCCCCCUGGUUCUGCAUCUGCCCCUGGGCUCUUGGCUUUAGGGGCUCUGGGGAGUCAGGCCCACCUGCCUGUGAAGGACGAGAAGAACCAUCAUGACCUGGAGCACAGAGAAAGCACAAAUAAUUCAGUAUCUCCUUCGGACAGUUUGCGCACUGCCACAGAAAAGCACCGCAGUUCAUCCGAUUACAGCCUGGACUCAAAGAAGCGCAAAGUCGAAGAAAAGGACAACAUGAGCAGAUAUGACAGUGACGGAGAGAAGAGUGACGACCUAGUGGUGGAUGUGUCUAAUGAGGAUCCUGCCACCCCUCGAGCUAGUCCUGCACACUCUCCACCUGAAAACGGCAUUGAUAAGCCCCGCCCCCCAAAGAAGGACACGCCUAACAGCCCAGCGUCCGUGGCGUCCUCUGGCAGCACCCCGUCCUCCAAGGCCAAGGAGCUCAGUCAUAAUGACAAAUCUUCUACACCGGGUCUGAAGUCCAGCACCCCCACCCCUCGAAAUGAUGCCCCAACCCCUGGCACCAGCUCCACCCCUGGGCUCAGGCCCAUCAUGGGCAAACCAUCAGGCAUGGACGCUCUGGCUCCAGCAUUGCGCACUCCUUUGUCAUACCCCAGCCCUUUUGCCAUGAUGGGGCAUCACGAGAUGAAUGGAGGUCUGACCAGUCCUGGGGUGUACGCCGGUCUCCAUAUCUCUCCGCAGAUGAGCGCUGCUGCAGUGGCUUAUGGGCGCUCUCCAAUGGCCUUUGACCCUCACACUCACAUGAGAGCACCUGGACUUCCUGCCAGCCUCACAUCCAUCUCUGGAGGAAAACCGGCAUAUUCAUUCCACGUGAGUGCUGAUGGUCAAAUGCAGCCGGUGCCCUUCCCGCCCGAUGCUUUGAUUGGUCCAGGCAUCCCGCGUCACGCCCGUCAGAUCAACACUCUGAGCCACGGAGAGGUCGUCUGCGCUGUCACCAUAAGUAACCCUACCCGCCAUGUCUACACUGGGGGCAAGGGCUGUGUCAAGAUCUGGGACAUCAGCCAGCCGGGCAGCAAGAGCCCUGUGUCUCAGCUGGACUGCCUGAACAGAGAUAACUACAUCCGAUCCUGUAAGCUGCUGCCCGAUGGGCGCACACUCAUAGUUGGGGGUGAAGCCAGCACUUUGACCAUCUGGGACUUGGCUUCUCAGACGCCUCGUAUCAAAGCUGAGCUCACAUCAUCUGCUCCGGCCUGCUACGCUCUGGCCAUCAGCCCUGAUGCCAAAGUCUGCUUCUCCUGCUGCAGCGAUGGCAACAUCGCAGUGUGGGACCUGCACAAUCAGACCCUCGUCAGGCAGUUCCAGGGCCACACAGAUGGAGCCAGCUGCAUAGACAUCUCUCAUGACGGGACCAAGCUGUGGACCGGUGGACUGGACAACACUGUGCGCUCCUGGGACCUGAGGGAGGGCCGCCAACUGCAGCAGCAUGACUUCACUUCACAGAUCUUCUCCCUGGGGUACUGUCCGACCGGGGAAUGGCUGGCAGUGGGGAUGGAGAGUAGUAACGUUGAAGUUCUUCACCACUCCAAACCAGACAAGUACCAGCUCCAUCUGCACGAGAGUUGUGUCCUGUCCCUGAAGUUUGCUUACUGUGGCAAAUGGUUUGUGAGCACAGGGAAGGACAAUCUGCUGAAUGCAUGGAGGACUCCCUAUGGUGCCAGCAUAUUCCAGUCCAAAGAGUCCUCAUCCGUCCUGAGCUGUGACAUCUCCACUGAUGAUAAGUACAUCGUGACGGGUUCUGGAGACAAGAAGGCCACAGUGUACGAAGUGAUCUACUGAUCUUCUGACCACUGUGUAUGGACUGAUCUACUGAGCUGCUGUUGUGAACAGCAGUCUAACACUGGACUCUCAUACUGACUCCUGCCCAGGGUCAUGUUCGGGUCUCAUGCCUGGGGGUCAUGCCUGGGUUUCAUGCCUAGGUGUCGUACCUGGGUGUCGUGCCCCAGGUGUUGUGCCUGGGUCUCGUGCCCUGGUCUGGUGGCACACAGACUGGAAUGUACCCUUUGCCCGUUCCUGACUAAAACAUGUACAUAAAACACUGCGGGACACUAAGGAGCAGUUGUUGUUUUUUUAUUGUUUUAUUUUGGAGAGUUUGUGACUUACUGAAGCAGUGCUUCAGCUUGUGAAUACUGUACAUUAUGGAGUAAUAAAAUCUCUUUUGUAGAUUUUUA